AUGGGGCUCUCGCCCUCUCCGCAGUCCCCGUUUGGCAGCGGCGGGAGAGCAGGGGUGGGGGUCGUCGGCGGACGAGGGCCCCCUCACUCGACCGGCGGCGGCGGCGGGGAGAUGGAGCCUCUGCACGGGACGCACACGUCGGUUAGCGUGUCGGUGGCUAGCGCGGCAUUAGCUUCAGCAGCAGCCACGGCGACGGCGGCGGCGUACCCGUUUAAUAAUGAAGAUGGCUCCGCCCCGCCGGCUUUGUCCCUCCGUCCGUCAGCGCGACUCCACCACGCCAGCAGCCUGAAGAGACGCUGCCUGCCGCUGGCCUCCCAGUCCGCCACAGCCGCCGCCGCUAGCGCCAGUGCUAGCGCCGCCGCCACCGAGGGGAUCGAUAUCACCGCCAUCAUCUGCUCCUCGUCGCAGAUGUCCGUGGUGGCCUGCGUCAACGGCCUGCGCACCGCCACCGCCGCCAACCCCUCGCCCCCCUGCUCCUCCGUCGCGUCCUCCUCCUCCUCCUCCUCCUCCACCUGCGCCUCCUCCUCCUCGGUGACGGGCUUCCGCUCGGCCCACCUGCCCCAGUCCCUGCCCCUGGCGUCCAGCCCCCGGCCCCUGCAGGAGACCUGCCAGCUGCCCUCGCCCGCCACCUGCCUGCUGGCUCUCUCCUCCUCCGCCGCCUCCUCCUCCUCCUCCUCCUCCACCUCCUCGUCCGUGCCGGAGCCCAUGCAGCAGGGCGGUGGUGGAGGUGGCGGUGGGGUGGAGGCCCUGGGGCUGCUGAUGGGGGUGGGUGCCGGGGCUCUGAUGGGUGGAGGAAGCCUCCAGCAGCAGCAGCAGCAGCAGCAGGGUGGAGAGGCCGGCUCUCUGCUCGAGCACCAGCUGUCGUCCCGCAACCACCAGCAGACCCCCCGGCACUCCCACCCCCACCACCACCACCACCACCACCACCACUCCCACGCGGCCCCCGCGCGCCCGGCCAUGCCCCCUCCCUACCACCUGCACCAGUACGUGGGAGCCAGUCCAGGGGCGCUGCUGCACCUCCAGGGCCAGUCGGCGGUGAGCUCAGCCCUGGGGCCCACGCCCAAAGCCCUGGGCUUGGUGGGCCAGCACGGCGGAGUAGGCUCGGUCAACUCCGCCACCCCGGCCCCCGGCGGCGGGGGGGAGAGGGAGGACGCCGGCUCGGCGGGCUCGGCGUUCGGGGACAAGCAGCUGUGCCGCUGGAUCGACUGCAGCGCCGCCUACGAGCAGCAGGAGGAGCUGGUGAGGCACAUCGAGAAGGUGCACAUCGACCAGCGCAAGGGCGAGGACUUCACCUGCUUCUGGGCCGGCUGCAUCCGCCGCUACAAGCCCUUCAACGCCCGCUACAAGCUCCUCAUCCACAUGAGGGUCCACUCGGGAGAGAAGCCCAACAAGUGCAUGUUCGAAGGCUGCAACAAGGCCUUCUCCCGCCUGGAGAAUCUGAAGAUCCACUUGCGAAGUCACACUGGGGAAAAGCCCUACCUGUGCCAGCACCCCGGCUGCCAGAAAGCUUUCAGCAACUCCAGCGACCGCGCCAAGCAUCAGCGCACACACCUGGACACUAAACCGUACGCCUGUCAGAUCCCAGGGUGCACUAAACGCUACACGGACCCCAGCUCCCUGCGCAAGCACGUCAAGAUCCACUCGGCGAAAGAACAACAGGUGCGUAGGAAGCUGAGGCCAUGUCCGCACCUGGACACGGACGCCCUAACCGACUGCCUGUCCGUCCAGCACCUGCAUCAUGGCUCCGCCCCCUCACAACACCUCCUCUGCCCGACUCCCGGCCAGCAGCAGUCCUCUCUCAACGGCAAAGAUGGCCGCUCCCCAGGCCUGGGACAGGACAUCUUCACAGGCUUGUUCGCUGGCUCCAGCACCCCCCAUCACGGAGCCACGGUGGAGAUGCUGUCCCCCGGCCCCGACCUGCCCCCGCGACAGCCCCGCCUGGACCGCGACAUCGGCGGCAGCCCCCACCACCUCUCCCCUCUGUCCACCAUGGAGAGCGCCAGGGAGGGCAUGCCAGGCCCUCUGCUGUCUCCAGGCCUGAGCUCCAUGAAGAGUACCGCCUCGCCGCCUCCGUCUCUGGAGAAGCCUCAGAACUGCGUAGGCAGCCAGCAGCAUCUCCACACACACCACAAGCCAUACACCAACUUCCACAACCUGCCCUUCAGUGAAGAUUACAGAGGCAACUUUCAGAGCUGCUUCCAUUUCGGAGACAAUUACAGAAUGGACCAAUCAAUCAGCGGCGUUCACCUGGCAGGGGAUUCUCAUGGCUUCAACUCACACCAGCACAACGGGUUUCACAUGACCGGCUCGGCCAACUCCUCCUCCGCAGGGUUCAGCCUGGUGCCGGAUAUCCAGGGCUCAGGUUGCCAGUUUUCUCCAGGCCCAGAGGAGAGCGUCUUCUUUCAGGUGGGCAGCUUUGAUCGCAGCCUUGGCCAGAUGUCUUCGGUGUACACAGAGACGUGAAUGUUCAACAACAACAAGAUCAACAUAAAAAAAAAAGAAACGAAAGGCUGGACUCACCAACAACAACAACAACACCACCAGCCAGCCACCUGCUCAAGCAGCAGAAACCUUCCCCCCCCACUCUCCCUUUUCAAAGUUCUCACUCAGUCUGUGUACAAGGUUUACAUCAAACACCCAAAGACUCACUUCCUAAAAGAGAGGUAUUUCAAUGAACUCGUCUUUUCAUGGUAGCAAAGCAAAGGGACUGCCGAAUGUCAUGGACAGGCCACGGACUGCAGUUGUCAGUUGGGCAAGCAUACUUCAAAUCGCUUACAUUUUAUACCUCUACUCUACUGUCUCCACACAGCUUCCAUCAGUCCCAGCUACCACCGUAUGUGCUUGAGGAAUUGCUGCAUCCAAACCCUAUGGAAUACCUAUGUUGUAGCAUAAACUCAGAAAUACAUCUCCAGCCACCUGUUUUGUAAUUAUUUACAUGUGAAUCUGGCCCUCCCAUUUCAGCAUUGUUAUUUUUUUCUUUUCUUUCCCCCCCUCCUUCCCAUCCUCUAUUGGCUGAAGUGUAGAGAGAAAUAUUUAGUUUUGCAGUGUUUGUCCGUGGAAUCACGCUUGCGAUGUUUUUGUUUUGUUUUUAUAUCAGAGGGAUCAGGGCGAAUGGGUGACUUGCAACUUGCUUUGAACAGGAAAUUUGUUGCAAUACUGUCCUCUAGUUAUGUUCUAAGUCUAACAUUCUUAGCAUCUGAGCAAUCCAUAUCGUCUUUGGCUCUUGCUCAGUUGACUUUGGCAGGGCUCACCGUAUGAAGGGCUCUGGUAUUUCUACCAGUUUUCACUUUCAAAGCGCAAUUGUAGCAUCUCAUUGAGCAUCACUGGGGGUAUUCAAAUGUUUUUUUUUUUUUAAAGUUUCAGACUUAAAGUGAAGAGGACAGUGUUGUGCAACUCUCGAUCAACUCUA